AUGGUCUCUGCUGAAUUAAAAGAAUUGAAAGCUCAGUUGAAGGAUCUUCUAGAUAAGGGUUUUAUCAGACCCAGUACUUCUCCGUGGGGUGCACCAGUGCUGUUUGUUUGUAAGAAAGACGGUUCGUUGAGAAUGUGUAUUGAUUACCGUCAGCUCAACAAGGUGACUAUUAAGAACAAUAGCAGAGCUCGCAGAUCAUUUGCGAGUAGUAUUGCAGACGCUGCAAGAUCAUUGUUUUGUGCUAAAUUCUCUAAAUGCGAGUUCUGGUUGAAUUUGAUGGCGUUCCUCGAACAUAUCGUCUCAGAUGAGGGCAUCAAGGUGGAUGGUCAGAAGAUCGAGGCAGUAAAGAAUUGCCCGAGGCCCAUAACUCAUACAAAAGUUCAUAGUUUCUUGGGCUUAUCUAGCUAUACGUUUGUGGAGAAUUUCUCUUCUAUUGCCGCUCCUUUGACGAAAUUGACACAUAAAGCAGCUAAGUUUCAAUGGUCUGAUGCCUGUGAAAGGAACUUUCAGGAAUUAAAGAAUUGA